AUGGAUUGGCAGAGAGCUCCAAAGAAAAGCGAUAGCCGUAGGAACUAUUAUGACAUCCUUGAAGUGCCUAAGAAUUCUUCACAAGAUGAUCUGAAAAAGGCUUCUAGAAGAGCAGCCAUGAAGCACCAUCCCGAUAAGGGUGGUGAUGUAGAAAAGUUCAAAGAGUUGGGCCAUGCAUACAAGGUUCUGUGCGAUCCACAGCAACGUGUCAUCUAUGACCGGGACGGUGAGGAUCAGUUUGGCGAGGACAUGUACGGUGAGGACCGGUAUGGCAAGGACCAAUACGGUGAGUACAAGUACAGCCAGAACAGAUACGGUCAGGACUGGUACUGGUACUGGUACUGGUACGGUUCGAACCAAUACGGUCAGGACUGGUACGGGAAUCGGUACGACCAGGGCUGGUACGGCCAGAACCGGUAUGGUAAGGAAAAGUAUAGCAAGGACCGAGAUCAGACUGGCGAGCAAAGGGAUCUUACUGCUUGCUUAGAUAUAAUGAAAUACCUCCCUAAUAAUAUCAGUUAUUAG